AUGCUCAGCAACAUUGGGAUCAAGGGAGGUGACAGGAAGAGGGCUGUAGGAUUACUUGGACAAGCUGCAGAAAAAGCAUCCAACUGGCUGUGGAUGAUGCGAGAGGAGAAGAGCUGGACGCUAAAGAACAGACUGGACCCGGGGCAUGACGGGGUAGCAUCCCAGAUUGCAGUCUCCGUGAGAAGACACCCACUAUCAAGCUACAGACUCCGAUACAGAAGAAUACCCCCAGAGUCUCCCGAGAGGGGGGAGGAUGAGAGACUCGAUCUGAAGGAUUCAACGACAACGACACGGCUAGUCCUAUCGACAUUGACCGGAACAAAGGCAGAGGUGAAGUGUAGAUGUGGAAAGGUGUGCAAGAACCUUAGAGGCUUGCGUAUUCAUCAAGGGAGAACGGCAUGCGGGAGCACGGCAAGGCAGCGGCAACGCUCAGAUUUUACAUCUGGUGAGACGUUGGAGGAUCCUAGUCAGGACUCAACCCACAGUACUGGGGACCUCUACGCAGCUGAGAAGCCACGCACCAAUUCAGCAGAUCCUGAUAUUGUCUCGCAAGUCAGCGACAUCUUCGAAGAAGAUGACCCUCUUCUAGAGCUUUUAGGUACUCCAGAAGACCUGAGGCCAAACACAGACACACAGCACAACACCCAAAAUACAGCUUCCAAUACUAAUGCCACAGCUCAGAAGGUUAGAAUUACAUGGCCCAAGACAAGUGACAGGAACCUGUGGAAACAGUUUGAUGAAGACCUCAACACCAUCCUGGAAACAACACUCCAAGGGCCAGUAGAGAAGAAACUGAAGUCUCUGACCAACCUUGUCCACUCUAUCGGCAAAGAACGAUUUGGUGAGGUGAAACGGAAACCCACCAGAACCCCUACACAGCCAAAUAGAAGACAACAACAGAUCACAGAGAUUAGGAAAGAGCUGAAGUCACUGAGGAAAUCCUACCAAAAAGCAAAUAUAGAGGAAAGACCCGGACUUCAGCAGCUUAGAGAUGAACUCAGACAGAAACUGACCGAUCUUCGUAAGGCAGAACAACUCCGAGACAAGCGGAAGAAGAGAGCCAAGAGGCGAGCUGAGUUCAUAGCCAAUCCAUACAAGUUUUCCAAAGGACUCCUAGACAAAGAAAAAUCUGGGAAGCUUGAAAGCAGUAUGGAGGAGAUACAACAGCAUCUAAAGGACACACACUCCGAUCCAGCAAGAGAUAAUCCAUUAGGAAGCUGUCCAAGAAUUGAACCAGUCUCAGAACCCACAAUUCCACUGAACAUAAAAGAACCCACAAUGAAGGAAGUAUCUGAUGUAGUGAAGAAAGCAAGAAGCGGCUCCGCACCAGGACCAAACGGUAUACCCUAUAAAGUAUACAAGAUGUGCCCGAUGCUACUACGAAGACUAUGGAUCCUACUUAAGGUGAUAUGGAGGAAAGGAAAAGUCCCAGAUUGUUGGCAACAGGCAGAGGGAAUAUUUACUCCAAAGGAAAAGGGCUCCAAACAUGUGACCGAAUUCCGAACUAUUUCACUGUUGAAUGUGGAGGGGAAAAUAUUCUUCGCUGUCCUGGCAAGACGAAUGACCACGUUCCUGACAACCAAUCAGUACAUUGACACAUCAAUCAUCCGUGAAGCAAAGGUGAACGCCAAUGACCUCACAGUCGUCUGGUUAGACCUCGCCAAUGCCUAUGGCUCCAUACCACACAAGCUUAUUGAAGAAGCAAUGAAGCACUAUCAUAUCCCAGAGCAUAUACAGGGGAUCAUAAAUGGCUACUUUGAUGGCAUACAGCUUCGAUUCUCAAUCGGUGACCAGACAACGCCAUGGCAGAGGUUAGAGAAGGGGAUAGUAACUGGCUGCACCAUCUCAGUGGUACUAUUCGUGAUGGGCAUGAACUUGAUCAUCAAUGCCGCGAAGAGGGAAACCAGAGGACCAAAAACAGCGUCAGGUAUUCACCUCCCAUCCAGCAGGGGGUUCAUGGAUGACCUGACCAUCACUACCACCACACAUGUACAGGCCCGCUGGGUACUAACAGCCCUACAGGACCCGGUCACAUGGGCACGAAUGAAGUUCAAACCCAAGAAGUCAAGGAGCCUGAUCAUCAAGAAGGGAAAGGUCACCAAAAGAUUCACUCUACAGGUGCAAGGGGAAGACAUUCCAUCCAUUAUUGACAGUCCAGUCAAGUGCCUCGGCAAGUGGUACGACGCCAGCCUAAAGGACACUAACAACAUCACUAGAGUCAAAAACCAGCUCCAAGAUGGCCUGAAGCUUAUAGACCAGACAGGACUCCCGGGCAAGUUUAAGGCAUGGCUCUACCAACAUGGGUUUCUACCUAGGCUUAUGUGGCCCCUUAUGUUGUACGAGAUAGCUACAACCACUGUAGAAGGAUUCGAGAGAGUGAUCAACCGGCAUCUCCGGAGAUGGCUUGGUGUCCCUCCUAGUUUCACCAGCAUUGGACUGUAUGGCAGAACCAACCAACUUCAACUCCCAAUGACCUCACUAGUUGAAGAGUUCAAGGUUGCCAAAGGAAGACUGGUGGUAACCCUCAAAGAGUCAUCAGAUGACAUGAUAUGGAAGGCAGGCAUCGAGACACGCACAGGGCGAAAGUGGUCAGCAAGCCAGGCAGUCGCCCAGGCAGAAAGCAGGCUACGACACAAAGACAUCGUAGGCACCACAGCUAUAGGAAGACAAGGCCUGGGCAGUUCAAAACCACAACGCUGGAGCACUGCCGGUAAGAAAGAAAGAAGCCAAAUGGUCCAGUAUGAGAUCAGGCUUUCAGAAGAGGAAGACAGGCGCGCCAGAGCAGUCGGGAUGGGAGGGCAGUGCGCAUGGACACAAUGGCAGACCACAGAAAGACACCUGACAUGGGUAGACAUUUGGCACUACGAACCACUACGACUCAAAUUCCUACUGAGAUCCGUAUAUGAUCUGCUGCCAUCUCCAGUCAAUCUACACAGAUGGGGGUUAGUGGAAGACCCAAAGUGUCAGCUGUGCGACAAACCAGGAACCAUGCAGCACACCCUCUCAUCUUGCCAGACAGCGCUAACACAAGGCCACUACAGAUGGAGGCACGACACAGUCCUCAAGGAGCUAGCAGACAUACUAGAGCUGGAGAGAAGGAAGACAAGACCUACCAACAAGAAGGCAGUACCAACAAUCAAAUUCGUCAAGGAAGGACAAACUGCCAAGAAGGCAAGAAACGCAGCAACAUCUAUCCUUGAUGAAUCAGAGCGUUGGGAGAUGAAGGUCGACCUAGGAAAACAGCUGGUAUUCCCAGACAUAGUCCAUACCACACAGAGACUAGACAUAGUUAUAUGGUCUCCCAAGGACAAGAAACUGGUGAUGAUAGAACUCACUGUACCCUGGGAGACUAGGUGUGAUGAGGCCUACGAGCGGAAAAUGGGAAAGUACACUGAGCUACAAGAACAGUGUAAAAGUCGUGGUUGGAGUGCCUGGCUGUUCCCCGUUGAAAUAGGGUGCAGAGGAUUUCCAGCCCAAUCAGUAUGGAGAAUGCUCAGCAACAUUGGGAUCAAGGGAGGUGACAGGAAGAGGGCUGUAGGCAGACUUGGACAAGCUGCAGAAAAAGCAUCCAACUGGCUGUGGAUGAUGCGAGAGGAGAAGAGCUGGACGCUAAACCACUGA